AACUAACAAUUAAAUUAUUGAUCGACAUUUUAUAGAUUGCCAGAUCGACAAGUUCACAAUUUAAGUUUCAAGGUUAAGCAUUGAAGAUGAUUCUGGAACAGGUAGCAAGGAUUCAUUACCUUGCAGCAGCAGCAGUUGUUGUUGUUGUUGUUGUUAUUACUAUUACUACUAUUGCUACUAAUACUGAUCCUGUUGCUAUUUCCACUGCUGUUGCUGGUGCUGAUUCUUCUACCACGACUACCACUGCUUCUGCUACUACUGACCCUAUUAUUAGACUAGCUAAUCACCUGAAAUGCACGUGCCUGUGCCACUUUUAUCAGUCAAGACAAAUUUCAAAUGUAUGGGCACUGGAAAACAAGAUAUUGAAUAUUAAUGAAGUCUUACAGAUAGAAACUUUGUCUGGAUGAUUUAUUGAAAGCGAUCAGCAUUAAUUUUUGACGGAGUUCCUCUUGUUUCUUUUUUAUGGGUGAGUGUGGUAUUGGAAUUUCUAAAAUUUAAGUUUCUAGUUCGGAGCUGAUGAAUACCCUAAGCCUAUUCUGUCAUCUUCAUGGCAUUCACUUGGAAUCGGUUAUUGGUACAGAGUCCUAUCCUGGGGAUUUACCAAAGGUCUAUAUUGAGGACCUUCUGAAGACAACUGAUUCUUACAUAUUUUAUCUGACCUCAAUGGCAGUUGCGUGAAUUGCAUCUCUUUUAAUUCCUCUGCUAGGGCCAUUGAACCAACACUCUGUAACUUUCAAUCAAAUUCUUCAUGCACUCAUCCUCUUCAGUGAUUCCAGUGGUCUUCUUUUGCUUCUCAAAGCUCGGAACUCUUGAAGCAAUACUGUUUGAUAUUGAUGGAACACUGUGUGACUCUGACCCUCUCCACUACUUGGCAUUUCGUGACAUGCUUCAAGAGGUCGGAUUCCAAGGUGGCAUCCCUAUCACUGAGGAGUUUUUCAGUCAAAAUAUAAGUGGCAAGCACAACGAGGAUAUCGCCCAAUUCCUUUUUCCAGACUGGGAACACCAGAAAGGCAUGAAGUUCAUGGAUGACAAGGAAGCCUAUUUUCGAAGAUUGGCAAAACAGCAAUUGGAGCCUGUUAAUGGUCUCGAUAAGCUGAGAAGAUGGAUUGAGGAGAGGGGGUUGAAACGUGCUGCAGUGACCAAUGCACCAAGAGAGAAUGCAGAGCUCAUGAUCUCCAUUCUUGGCCUCUCUGACUUCUUCAUGGCUCUUGUGGUGGGGACUGAAUGCGAGCGUGCAAAGCCAUUUCCAGAUCCUUACUUGAAGAGCCUGCAAGUGGUUGAGGCCUUAGCUGAUCGUGCAUUUGUGUUUGAGGACUCUGCAUCAGGUAUAAGAGCAGGUGUAGCAGCUGGGCUGGCCGUUGUGGGUUUGACAACCAGGAACCCAGGGAAGGCAUUGAUGGAUGCUGGUGCCACUUUACUCAUCAAGGAUUUCGAGGACCCUAAACUCUGGGCUGAACUGGAACGGCUCGAUCAAAAGAGAGCAGAAGAGGGUAAGUCUGGGUUAUCUGAAAUGACUUGAGUAUGUCGGAGCUUGGAUGGGUUCUGUAGCUUUUGGCACCAUUGGUAUUCUUUCCAUAUCUCAGUCAUUUGCAUGAAAAUGGAGAUCAUGGAUUGGAGAUGCAUUGGAGCUAGUAGAAGAACAUGGUUAUUUCUAACAAUAACCUAUAACUGUCGUUCUUUGGGAUUUCAUUGAUGUUGUUACAUAUGUACUGGCCAUUAAGCCUUUGAUUUGAUUGCUUAUGUCAAAGCUUCUGAGGCAUUGAACUUCUCAAAUGUAGCUGAACAUGGGAUUCUGUCAGUUUUUACAUUACACAGGCAUGAAAAUAGAUCUAAAUAAAGAAGCAAUGAGUGUCUUGAAAGCAAAA